GGUCGACUCCGGUGACCGGUCGGGGCCGCGCAAUGCGCGUUCUGUUGUUGGGACAUGGCCGUUGGGCCGGUUUGCUGCGGAGAUGUCUCCCGGCCUGGGUCCCAGCUCUGCCUGUGGCUUACAGCCGGCUCGCACAGGACACCGCGCUGAGACCAGUGGACCUUGCCUAUGAUGUAUUAGAUGGCAGAAAUACAGAAACUCCGUUGGUCUUCCUCCAUGGACUCUUUGGCAGUAAAUCAAACUUUAAUUCAAUAGCCAAGGCAUUGUCUCAGCGGACAGGCAGAAUGGUGGUGACAGUGGAUAACCGUAACCAUGGUGAUAGUGAACACAAUCCAGUGAUGACUUAUGAGGCAAUGAGCAUUGAUUGUCAGAAUUUGCUCAACAGUUUGCAGCUUCCAAAGUGUAUUAUGAUUGGCCACAGCAUGGGUGGCAAAAUUGCAAUGACAAUAGCGCUGCAAAAGCCAGAACUGAUCGAAAAGCUUGUUGUGGUGGAUGUCACUCCCAGUCAGACCACCUUGCAUACAUCUUUCCCAAAAUACAUUGUUGGCAUGAGGAAAAUAACUGUGGAUGGUGACUUGCCAAGGUCUACUGCACGAAAACAAGCUGAGCAACAGCUCCAACCAUACAUCAAGGAGGGCAACAUCAGACAGUUUCUCUUGACUAAUCUGGUGAAACAUGAUGGUCAAUAUAUUUGGAGGGUUAAUCUGGAGGCUGUUGCAAACCAAAUGGAUUGUCUUCUGAACUUCCCCAAAUUCGAUAGUCCUUAUACUGCCCCGACACUUUUUCUGGGUGGGGGCAAUUCUCCUUAUAUCAGUGACAAGGAAUAUCCCGAGAUUAAGCGGUUAUUUCCCAAUUCUGUCAUUGACCAUGUUCCUGGAGCUGGCCAUUGGAUCCAUGCUGAGAAACCACAUGACUUUAUAAAUGCCAUCUGUGCAUUCCUGGGAACCAGUUAGCAAUGGAUGAUGGACUAAAUAGGAGCACCCUGCAGAGAGGUUCACUACUCAGACUCUGCUAAUUGCUUCUGCGGUGUUCAUUAAGUUCUGCAGUUCAUUUCGUGAGAUGUACAUUUGAGGUCAAUCAACUGAGCACAAAUUAAUGAUUCAAUGCCACCCUAUAUUUUAAAUAUACAUUAAUAAAAACAUAUUGGAACUUA